CUGCGUCUCCGCCGUGGCCCGGCAGAGGCGCGGAGCGGCCGCUGUCGCUGAGGCCGCCGCGGUCAUGGGGCCGCCGCGCCGCCUUCCUGCUCGCGGCCCGGGGCUCGCGGUCGGGCUCGUGCUGGCGCUGUCGUGGCUCGGUGGAACGCGGGCGCAGGGCACGUGUGAGCCUCCAGACAGGCUGCAGUAUGCAGAACUUGAGGAGAGAUUCAGCACAAUGAAGAGUUUUCCCGUUGGAAGCUCGGUGUCGUACAUCUGCCGUCCGGGAUAUAUGAGAAUUGCUGGAAAAUCAUUAACUCGGACAUGUGGUGAAGACUUCCAGUGGUCACCCACAGAGGAGUUCUGUACAGAGAGAAAAUGUAGGCAUCCAGGAGAACUGGGAGAUGGCUUUGUUAAUGUGACAGAUCUUACAUUUGGUUCAGAAGCUACUUUUUCUUGUAGAGCAGGAUUCCGUUUACGAGGACCUAGUGAAAUUACCUGUGUAAUUAAGAAUGAAGGCGUUGACUGGGAUAGAGAUCUUCCCCUUUGUGAAAGAAUUCCUUGCAAACCUCCUCCAAGUAUAGCCAAUGGGCACCACACUGAAGCAGCCAGCUAUGUUUAUCAGACCGCAGUAACCUAUACGUGUGACGAGGCACCAAAAGGCACGGAUCCCUUCUCGCUGAUUGGCUCAGCUACUAUUUUCUGCACAUAUGAUACAGACUUAAAUGGUGUUUGGAGCGAAGAACCUCCACAAUGUAAAGUGGUCAAAUGCGAAAAUCCAAAAGUUGAAAAUGGAAAAAAAACAAGUGGAUUUGGACCUUCCUAUACCUACAGGGACUCUGUCAUGUUUGAAUGUGAUCCAGGCUAUGUCAUGAAUGGAUCAGAGGUAAUUUUCUGUGGAGAAAAUAACACCUGGUCUCCUCCAAAACCAACUUGUAAGAAAAUUACUAGAAGUGUGUGUGGUGCCCCGGAGAUCACACAUGGAGUAGUGAUUCCAGCAAAAUCGGUGUAUGAAGGAGGAGAGUCUGUUCAGAUCAAGUGCAGUGCUCACUGUACUUUCCCUCAUGGCGCUGAAGAGAUGACAGUAACUUGCCAAGGACAGAAUACAUGGAGUUCUUUACAAGACUGUGCAUGUGGGCCUAUAAGUUCUGGUUUGACUCCACAUAUAAAUUAUGGUAAAGUAAUUGAUGGACAAAAAACUUCAUAUUCUGUGGGGGAUAUGAUAACGAUUGAAUGUUACACAGGCUACACAUUACAUGGGGAAGCUCAAAUUCAGUAUACUGGAGAAAAUCGCUGGGUUCCUGCAGUGCCAACGUGCCAGUUAAGUGCCUAUAUUACAGCCAUCAUUUGUGUGAUUGUGGCAGUCGUUGUGUUCCUGGCAGCCUUCUGGGCCUAUAAGAAGUUCUUUGCACAAAAUGGGAAACGUGACAGCACUCCAUGUACUGCCGAAUAUAAGAUCUGUAAAGCAUGAAUGACCUUUUUGGGGGUGGGAGGGAAUUUGCAGUUGAAUGUCCCAAUCAGGAAUGGAAAAUGACUGCAUUUGCUUAAAGUUCCUGUAGAUUAAUAUCUUGUAUCAUGUCUUAGACUACUGAUUAACUAUCAUAGAUCAUUAAUAGGGUAAAACAAAUAUAUAGAGAGAGAGAUACCUGCUUUUCUUUAUGGGCCACUCAUACUGUCUUUUCUGUAUAUGUGAAAUGGUCUUGAAGGCCCAUACAUGUGGCCUGCAAAAGUGUUUGUGUCUGUGGGAGCACUGAAUGUAUCCCUGUCCCAGUACCAGCUCCUGCUGCCUUCAGUGCUACGUCUUUUCUUACAGAAGACUAUCCAGUUCUGCUCACUAAAAUCUGAAUGUGCUUCUCAUUCAGUUUGGCUGUUUGAAGUGCUCUAAAAGAUGAUGUUCUCUUGUGUUCUGAAAUGUUUUAUUCUUAUUUCCCUGAAGCAGUCAGUGCCAUUUAAGGUUAUGUCUCUUUGAAACUAUCAUAGUUUAGCUCUUCUAUAUGCUACCUCUUUGUUUGCUAAAGUUGGUUUCUGUAUAUCUAGUUAAUUAAAGUGUGCCUUUAAAUCAGAGUUUUAUGCUUUUCUGUUGCCUUUAAGAAGAAGGCAUAUAUAUUUCUGGCUCUUUGAUACAGUCCCAGAAAGACUACAGUAGAUUAGUUGGAAUGGGAAACUGAAGGUUUCUAUAGCAAAAGGUAUUCCCUGCUUUUGAAUUCUUGGCCUGUUGACAGAAGGUGCUUAAUUGAAGGAACUGCUGAGAAAUCAGUGGUAGCCAUGUCCUAUUGGGAGUGCACAGUAAGGUCCUUGGGAUGCUUGAUUUUUAUUGAGCCUUGAUGCAGUUUUGAAGAUCACAUUUGCUUUCCAGGAUAGGGCACUGGGUGGAUCUAGCUUCCUUGCUUUUUUCACUUGAAAUAAUGUAUUCCAUGUUCCCAAUCUGUGUAAAGACUGUAAUGCUAAAUUUAGCUCUGUAACACUAGAUUUAGCAUUAAAUAUCUGUUGAGAAACAGAAGCCUUUCCCUGUCAGACUCCCUUCUCUUUCCAUGUUAAAGGAAUACCAACCAGAUGAGUUGCAGGAAUGAAGGAAUGGAUAUACUGGCUGUGGUGGUAGAUGAGGGCUCUCUUUAGGUAGCUGCUUGCUUCAUGAAGUGUUUGAGUCAAGACUGUGACUACAGGAGCUUACAGCACAGUGUUUGCCAUGAGUGGAGACUCAGAUGUGCAUUGAUAGCUGUUACUUUAAAUGCAUCGCAUCCUUCCUCCUCCUAAUUCCUUAUUAAAACCAAAAGCUUCCUUAGGACAGGGUUUGGCGUUGUGAAUCCUGGAGUUUGCUAACAGCAUACAGACAGCUUCCAAGAACCAGUUUUCCCAGAAAACCCAAAUUGUCUCACUUCAGAUGUAGCUUAAAGGCAGCCUUUAAACUCCUCAUGUUUUUCUGUGGUAGAUUGGCACUGCUCCCCACUGUUGUGAGCAGAUUGUUGGAAUAACAUAGAACUAUUUAGGGCUCUCUAGGGCUUUUUGGGACAAUCCCAACAGCUGUAUUGUUCGAGUUCAUAAUAGACUCUGGUUACUAAAAAGAGGUUUUGGCUACACAGAAUGACUUGCUGCUGUUCAUGGUCUAGCUGAUACCUAGUUUGACAAUGGUUUGUAAACUCUGGGGUAAUAUACUGGGAACGGAGUGUGUGCUGGUCACGAGUAGCUUUUUAUGUAUGGCAUCCUGGAUGUUUUAAAGUAUGCUGAAAUGCACUUCAUGCUCGAGUGAAACAACUGUACCAAAUGGCCUUAUUUUUUACACCUUUUUUUUCCAGAUGUAAAGACUAUUCCAAAUAAAAAUGUUAAAUUAUUUA